CUCUUUCACCAUCUUCUUCUCCGUUCCCCGAUCAAAACCCUCUCUUUCUCCGUUCUCGAUCCAUUCCCCUCUCUGGAUCCUUUCCAACGAGAUCGCUGGCGAGGGAGCUGUGGAGAUUCAUAGGAAGCGAAGAUGAUGGAGUGGGCGACGGUGCAGCACCUCGACCUCCGCCAUGUUGGCCGUGAGCUCAAGCCCCGCCAGCCCCACGCCGCCGCUUUCCAUCCCUCCCAAGCCAUCGUCGCCGUCGCGAUCGGAAACUUCAUCAUCGAAUUCGAUGCGAUUACGGGGAACAAAAUUUCUUCUAUUGAUAUUGGUGCUCAUGUUGUGGUAAUGGCGUAUAGUCCUAUCAAUGAUCAUACUGUCAUCGCAAUUCUUGAGGACUGUACUGUCAGAGCCUGUGAUUUUGAUACUGAACAAACUCUAGUGUUACACUCUCCUGAAAAACGGUCGGAACAUGUUUCUUCAGACACAGAGGUCCAUCUUGCAUUGACUACUCUCCAACCUGUUGUAUUUUUUGGUUUUCACAGACGGAUGAGUGUGACAGCUGUAGGCACAAUUGAAGGGGGGAGGCCACCAACAAAAAUAAAGACGGAUCUGAAAAAACCCAUUGUUAACCUUGCUUGUCAUCCUCGUCUUCCUGUCCUGUAUGUUGCCUAUGCUGAUGGCCUCAUUCGAGCAUAUAACAUCCAGACUUAUGCAGUCCAUUAUACACUACAGCUUGAUAAUACAAUUAAGCUUAUUGGUGCUGGUGCUUUUGCUUUCCACCCUACCUUGGAAUGGAUCUUUGUUGGUGACCGAAGGGGUACACUUUUAGCAUGGGAUGUGUCAACUGAGAGACCAAACAUGAUUGGAAUCACACAGGCUGGCUCACAUCCAAUAACAUCUGUUGCAUGGCUUCCAAUGCUGCGGUUGCUUGUAACCCUUUCAAAGGAUGGAACACUCCAAGUGUGGAAGACACGAGUUGGGUCUAAUCCAAACAGACCUAUGCAAGCAAAUUUUUUUGAGCAUGCAGCACUUGAAAACAUCGACAUCACUCAAAUCUUAUCUGCUCAGGAUGGAGAAGCAGUUUAUCCUUUACCUAAAAUAAAAAGUUUGGCAGUCCAUCCAAAGUUUAAUUUGGCUGUGCUACUGUUUGCAGAUAUGGCAAGUGGAGCAAAUCCACAAAAUAAGGCUACGUACACAAGAGAAGGAAGGAAGCAACUUUUUACUGUUCUUCAGAGUGCAAGGGGAUCGACAGCUGCGGUAUUGAAGGAAAAACUUUCAUCUUUGGGAUCAUCGGGGAUCUUGGCUGACCAUCAGCUUCAAGCGCAGCUGCAAGAGAAUCAAUUGAAGGGCCAAAAUCAGCUGACAAUAUCGGAUAUUGCACGGAAAGCUUUUCUUCACAGUCAUUUCUUGGAAGGACAUGCAAAAGGUGGUCCAAUAUCUAGAUUGCCUCUCAUUACUAUCUCUGAUCCUAGUCAUCAGUUACGAGAUUUUCCUGUUUGCCAGCCUUUCCAUUUGGAGCUGAACUUUUUUAAUAAAGAGAACCGUGUCCUUCAAUAUCCCAUCAGAGCAUUUUAUCUGGAUGGCUUCAAUCUUAUGGCUUAUAAUCUGUCUUCUGGAGCAGAUAAUUUAUAUAAGAAGCUCUAUUCAUCAAUCCCAGGAAAUGUUGAAUGCCUUCCUAAGAGCAUACUUUAUAGUUCCAAGCAACACUUGUUUUUGGUUGUUUUUGAGUUAAGUGGUGCCACUGGUGUUGUACAUGAAGUUGUUCUUUACUGGGAGCAGACAGAUCAACAGUCAGUCAACAAUAAAGGAAGCUCAUUAAAAGGUCGGGAUGCUGCACUAAUGGGGCCAAAUGAAAAUCAAUAUGCCAUUCUUGAUGAAGAUAAAACAAGCCUUUCUAUGUAUGUUUUGCCUGGGGGUGGGCGCCAAGAAGCUGAUAUAAAUAAUGUUCAGGCAGCACUUGAUGCAGAGACAUUUGCUGAAAAGGAAGUAGUUAAUCAGGGUCCUCUUCACUUCUCUUUCGAAACAGAGGUUGAUCGGAUAUUUUCUUCCCCACUAGAAUCAACCAUUUUGUAUGCUAUUGCUGGAAAUCACAUUGGACUGGCUAAGCUAGUUCAAGGAUAUCGGCUAUCUGGUGAUGAUGGACUGUAUAUUUCAACUAAAACUGAAGGGAAAAAGUUCAUUAAAUUAAAACCAAAUGAAAAUGUUCUCCAGGUUCACUGGCAUGAGACUCUAAGAGGGCGUGUUGCUGGAAUAUUGACAACUCAUCGGGUAUUGAUUACUUCAGCAGAUCUAGACAUACUGUCUGGCAGUUCAACUAAAUUUGAUAAGGGACUCCCAUCAUAUCGAUCUCUUCUCUGGGUUGGCCCUACGCUUCUGUUUUCAAGCGCAACUGCAGUUAGCAUUCUUGGAUGGGAUAGCCGAGUUCGAACCAUUAUCUCAAUCAGCAUGCCAUAUUCUGUGUUAGUUGGCGCCUUGAAUGAUCGUCUAUUGUUUGUAAACCCAACAGAGAUAAAUCCUAGACAAAAGAAAGGUGUUGAGAUAAGGAGUUGUCUUGUUGGUCUUCUUGAACCCCUUCUUAUUGGAUUUGCAACCAUGCAACAACAUUUUGAGCAGAAGCUCGAUCUUUCUGAGGUUUUAUACCAAAUAACAUCAAGGUUUGAUAGUUUGCGCAUUACUCCAAGAUCUCUGGAUAUUUUGGCUAAAGGGUCUCCAGUUUGCGGUCACCUUGCCGUAUCAUUGUCUCAAGCUGGUCCUCAGUUCACUCAGGUGUUGCGAUGCAUUUAUGCAAUCAAAGCUCUUCGCUUCUCGACUGCUUUAUCAGUUUUGAAGGACGAGUUCCUGCGUUCCAGGGAAUAUCCUCAUUGUCCACCUACUUCUCAUUUGUUCCACCGCUUUCGACAAUUGGGAUAUGCUUGCAUUAAGUAUGGUCAGUUUGAUAGUGCCAAAGAAACUUUUGAAGUGAUCGCAGAUUAUGAAAGUGUGCUAGAUCUAUUUAUUUGCCAUCUGAACCCGAGUGCCAUGCGGCGUCUUGCUCAGAAAUUAGAAGAGGCUGCCACUGAUUCUGAGCUCAGGAGAUACUGUGAAAGAAUCUUAAGAAUUCGUUCUACUGGGUGGACACAAGGUAUCUUUGCAAACUUUGCUGCUGAAAGUAUGGUUCCUAAAGGUCCUGAAUGGGGAGGUGGGAACUGGGAAAUCAAGACACCCACAUCUCAGAAGGAUGUACCUCAAUGGGAACUAUCAGGAGAGGUUAUGCCAUAUAUGAAGACAAAUGAAGGUGGUAUCCCAGCCAUAAUUGCAGAUCAUAUUGGUGUAUAUUUGGGGGUUAUAAGGGGGAGAGGUAAUAUGGUUGAAGUAAGUGAAACAAGUUUGGUUAAAGCAUUUAGGGCAGGAAGUAGUGAAGUUAAGGUUCCCAGCUUGCCUGAAUCGCUGUCCAAUCCCAGCAAGCCUCCUGCAAAUGGUGGUUCAAAAGGUGAUAGUAUUGCAGAAACCUUGUCUCGACAAUUGGCAGGUGCUCCUGCACCUUCAGAUGAGCAGGCAAAAGCAGAGGCAGAAUUCAAGAGAACUUUAUAUGGUGUUGUUGAUGGGAGCAGCAGUGAUGAAGAUGACGCAAAGUCAACAACUAGAAAGAUUCAAAUAAGGAUUCGUGACAAGCCCAGUGCUCCUGCAGUUGAUGUUAACAAAAUAAAAGAAGCUACAAAACAAUUUAAACUUGGUGACGGAUUGGGUCCUCCAAUGAGGACUAAGUCAUUGUCUGGUGGACCCCAAGAUAUUUCACUUUUAUCUGAUCCAACUCCUGCAACAACUAGUGCAGCUGCUUCAGCUACUGUUGCUGAUAUGUUUGGGACAAACACUCCAUUGCUUGCACCACCAGCACAGUCAAAUCCAAUGGUUAUGGGCAUGGGAGUUUCUGCAGGACCUAUUCCAGAAGACUUUUUCCAGAACACAAUUUCAUCAAUCCAAGUUGCGGCUUCUUUAGCCCCUCCUGGAACAUAUUUAUCGAAGGUUAGUCAAGCCCCUCAAGGCCCUCAAGUCAUGGAGGGAAGCAAAUCAGCUCCUACGUCAAAUGUGAUGCCUGAUAUUGGCCUUCCAGAUGGCGGGGUCCCACCCCAAGCCUCACAACAGGCAGCUGUUCCACCUGUGACCGUAGGGCUACCUGGUGGUGGAGUUCCCCCUCAGUCCCAGGCGCCUGCUCCCCAGACUGCCUUCACCUCGCAGCCUGUUGAUCUGAGUUUACUUGAAGUCCCAGGUUCCACUGCUGCAACUGGUGCCUCGAAAGCUCAACCUCCUCCCCCGUCUCCCCCAACAGCUGUGCGCCCUGGCCAAGUACCUCGUGGAGCUGCUGCUUCAGUUUGCUUCAAGACAGCACUUGCUCACCUCGAGCAAAAUCAACUUCCUGAUGCACUUUCCUGUUUGGAUGAAGGUUUCUUGGCUCUUGCCAAGGAUCAAUCUCGUGGGGCUGAUAUUAAAGCACAAGCUACUAUUUGUGCCCAGUACAAGAUUGCUGUGGCUUUACUUCAGGAAAUCGCACGGCUGCAGAAAGUCACAGGCGCCAGUGCUCUCAGUGCCAAGGAUGAAAUGGCGAGACUGUCUCGCCAUCUUGGAUCCCUGCCUCUUCUUGCCAAGCACCGCAUAAACUGCAUAAGGACAGCUAUAAAGCGGAAUAUGGAGGUACAAAACUACGCAUAUGCAAAAGUAAUGCUUGACCUCCUGCUCUCCAAGGCACCUCCGAGCAAGCAGGAUGAGCUCAGAAGCCUUAUUGAUAUGUGCGUUCAGAGGGGCCUAACCAACAAAUCCAUUGAUCCCUUGGAAGACCCUUCACAGUUUUGUGCCGCCACCCUGAGUCGCCUAUCAACCAUUGGCCAUGAUGUUUGUGACCUCUGCGGCGCAAAAUUCUCUGCCCUCUCCACACCUGGUUGUAUCAUUUGUGGUAUGGGAAGCAUCAAAAGGUCAGAUGCUCUUGCAGGCCCUGUACCCUCACCUUUUGGUUGAUAUGUUACUUGGUUUGUGUCAUGUACAAAGCUAUCAGAGUGAGUAACUGUGUUGUGUGUAUUUUUCUCUGGCUUGAGAUAUUAGUGUAGGCUCACACAAAAUGCUGUCUGGGACUGUGAGAAGUUCCCUGGAUAUAGAUGAUUUUUUGACAUCAUUUGAUUCGUGCUGCUUGUAAAGAUUCAUUUGAUUUAUUAUUCAUCUAGGCUUUUUAUUUUUUUA